AUGGUGGCUCUGUGGCUCCAGUCCGUCUCUCUGCUGGUCUUACUGGUGGUGUUGUGGCCGGGUUGCCAGGCCUCCCCGGGGCAGCGGCCCAUAUGCGGCUCCCACCUGGUGGACGCCCUCUACCUGGUCUGUGGGGAGAAAGGCUUCUUUGGUUACCACCUCAGUGAGAAGGAGAUAGGUGAUGCGGCCUACAGGGACGAGGUCUGGAAGAAGAUAUCUUUCUCCUUCUGGAGGCAGUGCUGCUUCCAAACCUGCAGCAUUUAUGACCUGGUAUACUACUGCGACUGA